AUGGAGCAAAAACACCUGAAAACCAACGGUGCCAACGGUGCCAACAAGGUCUUUGGCCUCGAAUCAGCUUGGUCUCGCCACUUGAGACCAUCAGAUCACGGCGUCAAAGGACGUUUUGAGGGCGAGGUCGAAGAUCUCCCCGUCUUUGGGGAGAUCCCCAGCCAACUCAGCGGCACCUUCUAUCGUAUCCUCGUGGAUCCUUUCUACCCUCCUCCUGAAGAAAAUCCACCUAUCGAGGGGGACGGUAACGUCUGCGCGUUCCGGAUUCAAGACGGUCGUGUCGACUUAAAGAUACGAUACGUCGACACUGAGCGUCUCCGACUGGAAAGGCAUGCCAAAAAGCGACUCUUCGGUCUUUACCGUAAUCCUUUCUCUCACCACCCAUGUGUUCGGGCUGCCAUCGACUCAACAGCCAACACGAACCUUGUCUUCUGGGCAGGCAAGCUUCUGGCCCUCAAGGAAUCGGCGCUGCCGUACGAGAUCGACCCCAACACCCUCGAAACCCUGGGUUACGACCCGUUCAAGUCCCCAGGCUUGACAUUCUCUGCGCACCCAAAGUUUGAUCCGUAUACCAACGAGCUGGUGGUGUUCGGUUACGAAGCUAAAGGACUUUGCACGGACGACAUUGUAAUCUACACCCUCGACAAAGAGGGCAAAGUCCGCGACGAGCAGUGGGUGAAGUCGCCUUGGCUGGCUUUCAUACACGACUGUGCCAUCACGGAGAACUUCAUCAUCCUAGUCCUGUGGCCGUACGAUGCCGACGAGACUCAGAUGAAGGCUGGAGGCCACCAUUGGCAGUACAAGAGAGAUCGCUGGAGCCCCGGCGAGUAUCGCGUGUAUCACUGGGAACACGCCAUGCUUCUGCACACUGCUGGAGCCUGGGAAAAGUGGGAUGAAGGUGCGAACAGCGUAAAGAUUUCCAUGGAGUCUUCGAGAAUGAUGUACAGCCCCUUUCCAAUGUUCGACACGCUUACGGAGGGAAACCCGUUCGGCGAUAUGAAGGCUGAUUACGUCCGGUGGUCCAUCGAUUUGAGCCAGCCUACAAACACCAAGACUGUUGACCCCACGGUGAUCGUUGACCUACCGGGCGAAAUGGCACGCAUUGACGAGCGAUUCCAAACGCAAUCAUACAACAACAUCUUUUUGCCUGUCAUCAUGUCAAACAAGGCAUCUUCUGCUCCGCCGAUCCUACCCGUUGGGUUGAACGGGUACAUACUCGUGAGUAAGUCAAGAAAGCACGAAGGCAAGCAGAUCCUGUUUGACCCCGGGCCGAACUGUACCGUGGAAGAGCCUAUUUUCAUCCCGCGAUCGAACGAAGCACCGGAGGGUGACGGCUGGGUCUUGGGUAUGGUUCAUCAUCAUGACGUGGACGGAAGUGAGCUGGUGGUUUUGGAUACCAGAAGCUUUGAGAAGCCCGUGGCGAUCGUGCAACUGCCGUUCAAGACCAAGGGCCAGGUUCAUGGUAAUUGGGUUGAAUCCGGGCCGGGAACCACGAGCCUUGUAAGAACAUAUGACAAGGUGGAGGUGAGCGGGCUUGGAGCUCUGUCUGGGCGGUAA